GUUGAAAAUAUGUUAUUUAUCAUGGUGUGUGUGUACAGUGGAUUAAACUACUAAUAAGUUAUAUAAUUCCGUUUAAACUUUAAAAAUUAAAAAGAAAAUUAACAAAACAAAGAUUUAACUACUACUUGUUAUGUAGGAUAAAGUUUCAAAAAUGGAAUCAACAUUAGUUCAUCAGUUAGUUACAUACCUCUCAUGUCUCACAUUGAAAACACUUAAAUGAACUUUGUUCAGCUAUAGUAGUUGUUUCAUAUUACCCUAAAAUUAAAUAUUACCAUCUUUUAAUCUCGUAAUACUUUUUAGUGGAAAAACAGUAGUAAGGUAUAAAAAUCACUGAAUUUCUAAGGUUCAUUUGCUAUAUACUACUUACUACCUACACACGUCAAGUACGCAGAUAUUACACGAUCGCCUCAGAGAGAAAAUGUUCACUUAUCUUCUAGUCGCUGUAUUCGCUCUCGAAUUUGUAACAUCUACCAAACAUUCACAGUUAAAUAAUGACGUCAAAAAUUUGGCUUGUCAAGCUUUGGAAUUCACUCAUGAAGAAGGUGUCCGAAUUUUGAAACAAGAUAAAUUCAGAGAGAAUAUAAUCAAAUAUGUGUUGUCAGUGACAUGUGGACAUCUUGAAAAGAAGACUGAAAGACAUAGGUGCAAUUUGUACAUGACUGGGGCAACUAGACGAUUCUUAAGAAAUUUUGUCGAAUCAUCAAAACAUAAACAUCUUAAAUCAAUGCAGAACUGGUGUAAAUCUUAUACUACUAACUUAAAAGAUGAUAAUUCAACCAUAGUAUGCAGUGGAUGCGAAACUAUUGUAUCAUUUCUGAAAACAAUGACAGCCUCUCAGUCGGGAAAAAAUAUUAUUCAUAUGAUUGUUGAGAAAGUUUGCGCGCUUACAGGAGCUUUUCAGACACAGUGCUCGCUAAUCGGUUCGUAUUUCGUUGACAACUAUAUUCAAACUUUAGCUGAUUUAACUUCUGAACAAGUUUGUCAGAAAAUACAUAUCUGCGCAUAAUUUGAAAAGAAUCCACCUACACAGUACGGAUGAAACUUGAUUUAUUUGUCUAGCAUAGAAUAAUUUCGAUUACAUCAAUUUUCAGUAAAUAUAUUCCGUAAUUUAUGACAAAAAAGAAGAGUUUUGUUUGAAUAAAGCUUUGCGUUUUUUGAUUUUCGUUUAUUGUCAAGUAAACCGUUAAAUAUGUGAAGAAUGUAUAAUAAGCGCUGAUGUGUUGUGCAACAUUAAACGUUGGAGGAAUUUAUUUAAAUUUAACCUACAUGAAGUCGGGGUAAAUUUAAAUUCCAAUUAAAAUUUGUUAAGCUUCAAAUA